UGUGUCCAUUCGAGCUGCAGCUGCCACUGCCCAUCCAGGAACAACAGAACAGCUCUCAAGAAGUCGUAGGCGCACGACUCUGCAGCAACUUCAUAUGAGCCCAUCAGCUUGCGCGGCAGCCCAAUAGCGACCGUGCGCAUCUUCCAAGAUGCUGUCCAGCUUGCAGAACCCGCGGCAAGCUGCCGCGCAGCUCCUGAAUUUCGGCCUGAUCUUGUCGACCGCGUUCAUGACGUGGAAAGGCCUCUCAGUCAUCGCCGACUCGCCGUCGCCGAUCGUCGUCGUCCUCUCCGGGAGCAUGGAGCCCGCCUUCCAGCGCGGCGACCUGCUCGUGCUCUGGAACCGCAACCUCUUCUCCGAGACCAACGUGGGCGAGGUUGUUGUCUACAACGUAAAGGGCAAAGACAUACCGAUCGUGCACCGCAUAGUCAGGAAAUUUGGCACUGGGCCGGAUGCGAAGCUGCUGACCAAGGGAGACAACAAUGCGGCCGACGAUACGGAACUUUACGCGCGCGGUCAAGAUUAUCUGACUAGGAAAGAUAUUGUUGGGAGCGUUGUCGCGUAUAUCCCCUUCGUCGGUUACGUGACCAUCAUGCUCUCCGAGCACCCGUGGCUCAAGACCGUCAUGCUGGGCUUGAUGGGUCUGAUGGUGGUCAUGCAGCGAGAAUAGCACGAUGCAAUGCCAUACGUUCAGGGUUUCUUGCCGUGUGCGUGAGAAAGGACAGUCUCUUCUGCCGUCGUGGCCCGUUCACCGUGCUGUGUAAUGGGGGCGUCGCAUCGACCAUGCAAAGAACUUGUGUCAGUGGGACGAUUGCCUGGUCGGCCGAAACGGCCACUCCUUCGAAAAACUCUGCCGUUU